AUGCCUAGUUCUACGGCAUUUCAGCCCCAGCUGGUCAAUAGCAUCGUUGAUGUGGAUGAUAAAAGAAAGCAGAAGACGGUCCAGAACCGGCUAAACCAGAGAGCCCGCCGUCUUCGCCUACGAGCGGAACGCCAGUUACAAGACAGCCAUCCAUACAAUGUUUCCCGGUGGCGGCUCAACAGCAACGAGUCCGAGCCAACCAAUACCAAAUCAAACGCUUUACAUGUCAUCCAACCUUCCACAAAGAUCCCAAAGGCAUCAAUGUCCCCACAUUUUUCAGGGGUAGAUCCCCCGUCGGCUGCAGGCCUGCCAAUCAGCCCGACGACAUUAGAGCAACACCCUCCAAAUCCGCCGCUAUCAGCCGACAAUUUACUCCACCUAAUCCAAUACAACGUCUUUCGAGGUCUAUACAUCAAUAAACUGACACUAGGUCAGUCUGCAGUUUCAUGGACUCGAGAUAGCCAACCUGCUAGUUUGGACGAGCUGCGUCAUUCGUAUUCAGUUGUUCUCCCCACUGGCCCUGGCAUCCCUGAUGAUCUCAACCCCACCCCGUCGCAGAUGAGCAUCCUGCACUCUAUAUGGUUCAAUUUGCUUCCGUUCCAGGCUAUGCGGGAGAACCUGAUUCGAUGGCAAUUUUCCUUCAACCAUGAUGAAUUUAUUGCUGAUCUUAUUGGCGAUGCAUGUACUGAUCUGCUCGAUGUCCUCGGCUCUCAGUCUGUUUGCUUGGGUAUUGAGCCGGAGAUCAGAGGACUUGUUAUUUCAGCGGAGGAUGAUGAAGUCACGGCGGAUCGGAAUGGACUUAUUGUAUGGGGCGAGCCUCACACUGUUGAUAGCUGGGAGGCCACGCCAGGGUUUCUGAAGAAGUGGGCCUGGACAGUGGUGGGAUGUGAAGAAUUGAUAGAAUCGAGUAAUCGGUGGAGAGCAGUAAGAGGAGAAAAGCCGUUGCGGUUCUCUGUCACGUAUAGCCCAGCCGAAUAG